AUGUACAAUCAUAUGGCAGCAGGGUGGUUUUACUCACCCAGACAGAUCGCCCGCUACUUCCUCACUCGACCGACCAGCCUCAAGCCUCCUCGGACUCGACUGCGGAACCCAUAUCACAUCCUCAGGGAGCUCGACAAGCACCAAUGGCUAAUGUUUUGGGCAGGCUUCCUCGGAUGGACCUGGGACGCAUUCGACUUCUUUACUGUUUCCCUUACCAUCACUGAAAUCGCAAAAGACUUUGGCGUGGAGAACUCGGCGGUCUCGUGGGGCUUGACAUUGACGCUCAUGCUGCGCAGCGUAGGUGCGUUGAUAUUUGGAUUUGUAUCAGACCGAUAUGGUCGCAAAUGGCCUAUGAUCGUCAACCUGGCUCUUUUCAUUGUCUUGGAGCUGGCGUCAGGAUUUUGCAACACGCUCCCUCAGUUCCUCGGGGUCCGGUCGUUAUAUGGUAUUGCUAUGGGCGGUCUUUUUGGCCCUGCUGCAGCCACAGCUCUCGAGGACUUGCCCUAUGACGCUCGUGGACUCUUGUCGGGUUUGUUUGAGCAAGGUUAUGCAACAGGCUAUCUGCUUGCUUCUAUCUUCUAUCGUGCUCUUGUUCCCACUACCUCCCACGGCUGGCGAUCGCUGUUCUGGUUUGGAGCUGCCCCUCCAGUGCUCAUCAUCGCUUUCCGUUGGUCGCUUCCCGAGACAAACAUGUUUCAGGUAAUGGCCGCCGAGCGAGAAGCACAGCUCAUUGCAGACAAACAAAGAGGCGAUCACCCCCAUGUCAAGUCUGCCGCUCUCAAAGCAUGGGCCAGAGACUCCUGGGUAGCUAUCAAACAGAACUGGAUCCUCUUUGUGUAUUUGGUUGUCUUGAUGACUGGUUUCAAUUCAUGCAGCCACGGAAGCCAGGACUUCUACCCGACCUUCCUGAAGAAUCAAGUUCUCCUGGGCCCGACCGACGUGACCGUCAUUAGCUGCAUUGGUCAACUGGGAGCUCUUAUCGGUGGCACUACCCUUGGCUAUGUGAGCACAUUCUUCGGCAGAAGAUUGACAAUGCUCGUCGCCUGCGUAUGCGGUGGAGCACUUGUACCAGCCUACAUUAUUCCACACAACAUGAGUCUGGUGGCCUCAGCAUUCGCGUUGCAAUUUUUCGUGGGAGGAGCUUGGGGGGUUAUACCCAUCCACUUGAUGGAGGUUGUCCCAGAGGCCCUUCGAACGACAGCAGUUGGGUUGACCUAUCAACUGGGCAACCUGGCCUCAUCGGCAUCCGCGACCAUUCAAGCAGUUAUCGGGGAACGGUUCCCACUUCCACCGCAUAACGGAGAGAAGCGCUUCGACUACGGAAAGGUGAUUGGCAUCUUCAUGGGUGCAGUGUGGGCAUAUCAAAUUCUCUUCCUGUUCUUGGGACCUGAAAUGAGCGAGGCUGAAAGAGCAGAGUAUGCACACCAAGCCAAUGAACUUGAGAGGCUCCGACAAGAAGGGCGCAGCCUGAAGGAUAUUGGGGUUCAAAGGGUCAAGUCUAGGCAGGCGGAGAAAGCAACGACUGCGGAAGCUAUUGGCAAGGCGCCUGAAAGAGAACAUCUGGAGAUGGCAUGA